GCAGUUCAAAACAAAGUAUUUUGGUACCUCUUACAUCUUGAAUCAUUAAGGCCAAAUUUUUUUUUUUUAUUUUUUCGUUUUGUUGAUCAAAAUAUAAUCGGUUACAAUUUCAACACUUUUUCUACAGCAAAACAGCAUCAUGUCGGCUCCAGUUCGUGGUAAUAAGGCCUCAAAGCUGAGGUCCGAGGAAAAAGUUGAAAAGCCUGCAUUCAUUGGACCUUCUUGGGCUCUUACUUCCACCCGAGGCAGAGCCUUUAAUCGUGGCUCCGAACCCACCAGUCGCGAUACCAGUCGCAUCCCGACCAUCCUUAGACCCAGAUCAAUCCCGACCAGUCGCAUACCUAUCCGCAGGCUUGCGGGUGACCCGAAGAGAAACACUUCCCCAAUUCGGGCCACUCCCUUGGAGGCAGUAACCAGUGCCAGUGCGUGUUCCUUGCCCUUGCUUCUAGCCUCCGAGAAUACAAUGGGCGAUCAUGAACGUAAACCUGAAGUGGACAAGGACUCUGUCAAGCGGACUAAAUGUUUGCCGCGCCCAAGGGCUAAGUCAACGACGGAAGCUGCAACUGAGAGUGUCCAUGACUUAAAGGAACGCUGUCGUGCCGUGGUCGAUUCGUGCUUUAUGUUAUUCUACGAUCAUUUGCAGUUGAUACAGAAGAGCAAGGAUAAGUCCCUAAAAUCAUAUAUCCCUGACGCGUUAGUUCUAUAUUCCAUUUCCCAAAGAACCUCAAAAUGAACACCAUUGUCGAGGAGAUCGAUCAGUUGUGUGGUCCAGCCUCGAAAGGUGGGAUUUUUAACGAAAGUCUGUAUCGCGAGAUAGCUUGCUUGCGGUUGGAGAAGAAGCACAUUGAGUCUAAGUUCUUUAACAUCAAGAAGGAGCACUGCGACCAGAUGAACCAAUUGAGAUCGGAGUACGAGGCCAACCUGGCUGACGAGCUGGCCGCAUGCGAUCACACCAUCAGUGAGCUGAGAAGAGCCUGCGGCGCAGCGAGGAUGUGGUCGAGGAGCUGUCCCAGCUAGUGGCCGAGAAGAGUGCCACGCUGGCCAAUGAGGAUGGAAUCAUUGGAGAAUUGCGAAUCGAACUGGGCAAGCUUAGGCUGCGAAUGCAUCACCGCCUGGAGGAGGCGCAUGUUGGACCGGACAAAGCCCGACACUUCAUUGAUAAACAGUUGGCACAGAUCGCCUUCUUGGUGGGCGAACUGAAGGAGGCACGCGAGCUCAUUGUCAUCUGCAGCAGCGUCAGGAUUUCAUGGACAAGGGUGUCAAAAAGAAGGAUCUGGUUAUUGCCGAUCUCAAGCUGCAGAUGCGAAACCUCGAGGACCAUAAAAACUUUCUCAACAUGCAGGUUAACAAUGCCUUGAAGGAGCACGCAGACUUUGACGAACUAAACGAAAAACAUAGAAAUGCUAUGAUGCAGAUAAGUGAACUAAAAGAAGCAUUAAAUAUCAAAUCCAUCGAAUCAAAGACCCAAUCUCAAGUCGAGGGUCGGUUAAACAAAGAGAUGACCAAAUUGCGGGAGAAGAUCGAUCUCGAUCAGCAGAUGCUCACCGCUCGGAACCACUUGAUAUACAGCCUGCAGAAGACCGAGCAGGAGAACCGAGCCAAACUGGACAAAAUGUACUGUCAAGUUGGCGAGAAAAACAUGCUGAUCAGUCAGGUGUACAACGAGCUGGCCUCGAAGGAGGAGGAGUCGCGCAAACUCUUCGGGAUCCUGAGUUUCAAGCAGAGGGAGGUGAGGCGGCAGGAGCAUGAUAUCCAGUUGCUGAAGGAGCAAAUAGCGCGGGGAUCUAUGGCGCUAAAAGACCAAGAGGUGCGGAUUGUCACUAUGCAAGAAGAGAUUAAACGCCUGAAGUAG